ACUACAGUGUGCAAGUGAUGGAGGCAAAGAUGAUUGGUUUCUUGAGCUGCAGGUGACAAAUAAUCCAAAAAAUUCAACGCCAUCAUUUGUUUCUAAAGACACAUACAAAAAUCAGUGCCAAAAAAAUUGCAAUUGUACAGCAUAUGCACAUGUUUCUGCUUUUUCCUGCAUAUACUGGACAAUAAACCUAACAGGCAUAGUAAGACUGUCCAGUGGAGGAAUUAAUCUUUACAUCCACCAAGCCUAUUCAGAACAUGGUAGGUACAUGUUGAGUCAAUUAUUUGAUCUUAUGAUGUUUCUAAAUGAGUUUAUAAUGCUAACAGUACAGAUAGGAAGAAAAAGGGCUUCAAAGUAGUUAUCACAGUAACAGUGAUAGAAGGAGUGAUUACCAUUGCCAUCUGUGCUUAUAUCUCAAACGCGUGGACUGCUAAAUAUUCUGCAAGAAAAAAGGAAAGCAAGGCAAAGUUAUUGCAGAAAAAAAGAAGAAACCCACUAGGAGAUGUGAAAAAUGCAAAACUUGAGAAGCUACCACUGUUUCAUUUUAGAAUCGUUGCAACUGCAACCAUCAACUUCAGCAUUGCUAAUAAGCUUGGAAGGGUGGUUUCGAUCUGGUAUACAAGGUAACUAAAUCUUAAGAAAUGAAUCUUCUUUCAGAUAAUUUCUAUGAUCUACUAUGUUUCUGAUAUGAUAUUGUAAUAAAUAAAUAACAGAAUUAUGUGAGUUAGUUAGAAUAAUAGUUAGUUACCAGCAGUUGGACUUUGCCUAUAUAAACAAGCUUAUCUCUCAUUUCUAAGUGUGCUGUAUUGUGAUCAACCUAAUGGAACUCUCUGUCUCUUCUGUCUAUUGACUUCUACUCUCUCCCCCUUCUCUCUAAUUUCCCCUAUUCUCUUUGUUUCUCUUCGUUUUCCCUUCUCUCUCUCUGUCUCUCUCUCUUUUCCAAUAACAUAACAGUGGUAUUCAGAGCCAAUCUUUCCUUGGCCCUACCUCUCUUUCUUUUCCAAUAACAUAACAGAGCCAGUCUUUCCUUGGCCCUCCCCCCCUACUUGGUUCUUUCUCCCUCAUUCCCAAUCAAUUUCAAGUUCCAUGGAGGAACAUCUCCUCAACAUCGAACAGAAAUUGAAUUCAGUCGAUGGACUACAAGGCUCCGUCACUAAAUUAAGAGGCCCUUCUUGGCUUGUCCACGCAGCUUCAAGAAAUCAUGAAACAAAAGGACUUGCUCUGUCUUCGACAUUGAGGGUUCUUGGCAAAAUUUAAUUCCGAAUUUGACGCAAUUUCCUCCAAAAUCUCAUUGCCUGAAAAAUGGUUGGUUAAUGCUUACAUCUCGAUGCUGCAAGAAGACUAUGCCAAACCAGUACGUCUGUUCACGCCUCGGACGAUGUGCAAAGCCAAAAGCCUCGCAAGAAUGCAGGAGCUCGCUUUGUAAUGGAAGCGCAAGAAGCACGAGGCCCAAGAGGUAUUCGUUGAAAUGCAAGAAUCGUCUGGCGUCAGCGAGCAACCACAGAAGAGUCCUCAAGAUGUUUGUGAAGACAGCAACAUCACAAGAACCACAAGUCUAAGUCUUCUUGAACCUGCCCAAGGUGCGUCGAGUGCGCCAAGGGAGACCAACACUGUAAAGAAAGGUACAAAGAGCUUUGGGCUUGCAACUUCUGGCUCUGAGCGAAUUACGUCGAGCACAAUGGAGCAAAACAAAGAAGCAAAGCCAAGUUCGAAUGACCUUGGGGUGUCCACGCAGAUGUUCUUGCAUGCGACAAUGAAGAACAAAGGCAUAAGGACAUGUACAAAUGGAGUUAGGCUCUACAUGCAUGGUAUUAAUCUUGAGUGUCAAGCUCCAAGAACGCGAGAAAGUAUGAGAAUAGCAUCUGGAAGAGUUUUGAAAACCACUAACCCUAUUUCAGGCUCUGUUUCUUCAAAGAUGGACUCGGCUUCUUCACUUUCUUCAAGUGUCGUCUCUCUAUUGAUCGGAAACAAUGUGAAAAUGCCAUCUGGUGUUAAUGGGUCUUCCAUAUUUCACUUCGUUGGAGGUUUACAGUGUGAGGAUAGGAAGCAGUCAUCAAAUGACAGUGGGUCCCAAUUGGUGACAUGCAAACGCAACUUUUGGAUAAACUACCCAGUUUCCAGGACUGUUCAGCCUGCAGCUAGCACUUUUCCUUCAUAUAUAGGAUUACAAUUGGCUUGCACUUUGUUUAAGCAAUAGAAGUAUUUUAGAUUUACACUGGAUUUAGUAAUAUCAGAUAAGCAUAUGGGCUUUAUCUUUCAAGAAAAGGGCCCAAGUUCAUUGCUGCAAUGGAUUUCUCAUAUUCAAGUUUUCCCUACAAGAAUUUUAAUUCGGAUAUGGUUCAAGGGAAAGUUAAUCAAAAUGCUUCAAGGAUCUAGGUUGAUGCAAGGUUCUAUGUACCUUGACCCUUGAGGACAAGGGUCUUUGGGGAGGGGGGUAUUGAUAUGAUAUUGUAAUAAAUAAAUAACAGAAUUAUGUGAGUUAGUUAGAAUAAUAGUUAGU